GUGACUACACAAGCCAGAUGCCUUGAAUAUUUCGUAUUCUUCUACUGUUGCCUUGGCCGAUGACUGCAGCACUACUGAAAUGCAUCACAAACUUCUGAAGAGUGCUCAUUACAUUGAGCUGGGAAGCUAUCAGUAUUGGCCUGUUCUGGUGCCUCGAGGAAUUCGCCUCUACACUUAUGAACAAAUCCCAGUAUUUCUUAAGGACAAUCCUUACAUCACAGAUGGCUACAGAGCCUACUUGCCUUCCAGGCUGUGCAUAAAAAGCCUGUUCAUUCUGUCUAAUGAGUCGGUCAACAUCUGGAGUCACUUAUUUGGCUUCUUCCUCUUUUUCACCUUGGGUAUAUAUGACAUGACUUCUGUAUUGCCUUCGGCGAGUGCCUCUCGAGAAGAUUUUGUGAUUUGUUCUAUUUGUCUCUUCUGCUUUCAAGUCUGUAUGCUUUGCUCAGUAGGGUAUCACCUCUUUUGUUGUCAUCGCUCAGAGAAGACAAGUCGACGAUGGAUGGCAUUGGAUUAUGCAGGAAUUUCCAUUGGUAUCCUGGGCUGUUACGUUUCUGGAGUCUUUUACGCAUUUUAUUGCAAUAAUUACUGGCGUCAAGUCUACUUGAUCACUGUCCUUGCCAUGAUCCUGGCAGUAUUCUUUGCUCAGAUUCACCCAAGUUACCUCACUCAGCAAUGGCAGAGGCUGCGCUCCAUCAUCUUUUGUUCGGUGUCAGGCUAUGGAAUCAUUCCUACCAUCCAUUGGGUUUGGCUCAAUGGAGGUGUCACUGCCUCUAUUGUCCAGGAAUUUGCCCCUCGUGUGAUUGUGAUGUACUUGAUAGCUGCCAUAGCAUUUUUAUUCUACAUUUCCAAAGUCCCAGAAAGAUAUUUUCCAGGGCAGUUAAACUACCUCGGUUCUAGCCAUCAAGUCUGGCAUAUCCUCGCAGUUGUGAUGUUAUACUGGUGGCAUCAGUCCACCGUGUACAUCAUGCAGUACAGACAUAGCAAGCCUUGCCCUGACCAUUCAACACAGUAGUGCACAAAGAUUUUUAGAAGUUUGUGACAGUGAAUGUGCUGAUCAGAUGAAGCGCAGCCUAAAGUGGUUGCUCCUAUGAAUGAAUCUUCUCUCCACUAAGGAUGGUAUGUUAACAGGCCUUUCCGAGCCAACUGAGCAGGUCUCCAGCAGCCAAAUGACUUUCUGUUCAAAUGAGGACAGUGAAGGAACUGCAGCAGUCACCCUGUAUCGGGGCAAUAGAGCUGGAACUUAUAAAUAUGUAAAUGGGUCACUUUUAUUCAAACUACUGAUGUACAGAGUUUGGCCUGAAAAGGGUCAGUCCUAAUAAGCUGAGGAAAUGUUCUCUAAAAUGCAUGUGCGUGAAGUUCCAGCAACACGUUCUUAUUCUGGAACCUCACCUUGGAAUGUGAAAAAUACAUGUUGUCUGCUGUACCUUUUUAAUGUGUUUUGUGUCCCUGCACUGAUAUUUGUUGUUGUGAAACUAUGGAUUUGAUGCAUUUCUACUGGAUUUUCUUUGUACUCUCAAAGAGUAUCUGCCGUGACUUUCUUCAGUGGUCACUCAACGAGUUAAUCAUAUCUUGAAAGAAGAGUUGGACUCCAUCAGUACUUUUAAGCAGAAGGUUGCUCUCCAUUAUGUCUUUAAGAUAAAAGGGACAUUUAAAGAAGUAAGACUCCUCACAGGCCACAUGCUGCUACAUGUUUAUGUAUUGCUUUUAUUUUAUUUUAAUUUUUCAGGAUAUCACUUACCUGCUGCCAAAUUGUAAGGUAGCCUUUUGUGCCUGGGCAGCCAUCCCCUGCCUUUUUCUUUCUGAAGUAAGUGGGAACCAUGGGAGUAGACUAUACUGCACUUCAUUUAGUUUCUAACAGUUUGGGGUCUGGCUACUGAUGUGGCCAUCUCCAUUUUGAUGUUCCAGCUAUCACUUCUUUGCAAAAUGAUAGUGAGCUGGUCUAUAUAGAAAUUAGAGGUAUGUAAACUAGUACCUUACCUGUGACUUGAAUGCUACUGUUAACAAGCACUUGUUCAUAACUGUGGGCAUUAGUAUAGAAGAGGAUUAACAUAAGGAGCUGCCCCUAAAAAAGCAGCUGAUAAAUCCAUGAAAUCAAAGGUUGACAAUCAUUCACUCAUGUAAAGAGUCCCCAAGUUACGAACAAGAUGGGUGCUGUAGGUUUGUUUUUAAAUUGAAUUUGUAUGUAAGUCAGAACAGGUACAUUUUUAAAAUGUAGCUCCAGCCA